AGUAUGCGUGGUUCGGGAAUUCAUGUGGAGGUCAGAGUGGAAGCAGGUGUGAGAGGGUCCAGCAGAAGAAAACAUGGCUGCCAAAGUGUUUGAGUCCAUUGGCAAGUUUGGCCUGGCCUUAGCUGUUGCAGGAGGCGUGGUGAACUCUGCCUUAUAUAAUGUGGAUGCUGGGCACAGAGCUGUCAUCUUUGACCGGUUCCGUGGAGUACAGGACAUUGUGGUAGGGGAAGGGACUCACUUUCUCAUCCCAUGGGUACAGAAACCAAUUAUCUUUGACUGCCGUUCUCGACCACGUAAUGUGCCGGUCAUCACUGGUAGCAAAGAUUUACAGAAUGUCAACAUCACACUGCGCAUCCUCUUCCGGCCCGUCGCUAGCCAGCUUCCUCGCAUCUUCACCAGCAUCGGAGAGGACUAUGAUGAGCGUGUGCUGCCAUCCAUCACGACCGAGAUCCUCAAGUCAGUGGUGGCUCGCUUUGAUGCUGGAGAACUAAUCACCUACCUGCCAGCGGGGCAGUCCGUGCUCCUCCAGCUGCCCCAGUGAGGGCCCACCCUGCCUGCACCUCCGCGGGCUGACUGGGCCACAGCCCCGAUGAUGAUUAACACCGCCUUCCUUCUGCCCCCACCCCAGAAAUCACUGUGAAAUUUCAUGAUUGGCUUAAAGUGAAGGAAAUAAAGGUAAAAUCACUUCAGAUCUCUAAUUAGUCUAUCAAAUGAAACUUUCAUUCUUCUCACAUCCAUCUACUUUUUUAUCCACCUCCCUACCAAAAAUUGCCAAGUGCCUAUGCAAACCAGCUUUAGGUCCCAAUUCGGGGCCUGCUGGAGCUCCGGCCUGGGCACCAGCAUUUGGCAGCACACAGGCGGGGCAGUGUGUGAUGGACUGGGGAGCACAGGUGUCUGCCUGAGUCCACGUGUGGCCUCUGUCCUGUUGCUGAUGGAAGAUUUGCGGAUGAGGGCACAUGUGGCUGAACUGAGAAGGCGGCAGGCCUCCGUCUUCCCAGCAGUUCCUGCGCAGAUGCCGCUGAAGAGAGGUGCCGGGGAGGGGCAGAGAGGAAGUGGUCUGUCUGUUACCAUAAGGCUGAUUCUCUUUAACUGUGCGACCAGCGGAAACAGGUGUGUGUGAACUGGGCACAGAUUGAAGAAUCUGCCCCUGUUGAGGUGGGUGGGCCUGAUUGUUACCCCCCAGGGUCCUAAAACUUGGAUGGACUUGGAUAGUGAGAGAGGAGGCCUGGACCGAGAUGUGAGUCCUGUCGAAGACUUCCUCUCUACCCCCCACCUUGGUCCCUCUCAAAUGCCCAGUGGAAUUCCAGCUUGAAGGAUUGCAUCCUGCUGGGGCUGAACAUGCCUGCCAAAGAUGUGUCCGACCUACGUUCCUGGCUCCCUCGUUCAGAGACUGCCCUUCUCAGGGGUUCUAUGCCUGUGCUGGGAAGGAAGCAACCAUGGGAAGGAAACAAAUGUGUAUAAACUGUUGUCAAUAAAUGACACCCAGACCUUCCGGCUCA